GCAAAUCGCAGCGUAAUUCGUUACAAUAUAUUCCGGGAUAUUGGUUUAUUUCGAGUCAGAGUGACUGUCACUCGCGUCAGAAAGCGAGCAACUUUAGUAACAUGCUGACUUGAGAGAUACGCGAACGGUUUAACGAUUCAGUCCGAUUUGGUGAACCAGUUCGACCAUUGCAAUAAAAAGAACUGUUUUAAAAGAAAGAUUCUUUCACGAACCCGACUAGCUAGGCUACUGGUAAACUGGUUUACUGUGGACCUGUACAUAUUGUCUUUGAACGACAUAAAGUUUCUAGAGUCCAAUCCAGCAUGGCUGUACGGGCAGAAGUUCUUCUCUACUGGCUUCACAUUAUUUGUGCAGGUGUGUUUGCUGAUGUUUGGGAGGUGCAAGUAGAGUCUGAAAUGGAGGCUCUGGUGUCGUCUUGUGUCGUGUUGCCCUGUUCAUUCAAAUACCCUGCUCAACAACAACCCUCUGAUCGUAUUAAAGCUAUAUGGCACAUGAAGAACAACUGGAAUGAUAUCAUUUUUCACAAAGACUCUACAAGGGUUAAAGACAGUUUCAAGGGUCGUACAAAACUGAUUGGUUCACUGGGUAAAUCCAACUGCUCCUUGGAGAUUGAUGAAGUCAAAAACCAUGACAACGGCCCGUAUUGUUUCAGGGUUGAAUUAGAGACAUCUCCCAAAGACAAGUACUCCUUUGUGGGUAACUGUGUGUCAAUUAAAAUGAUCGAGCAAGCAUCAAAACCAGAGCUGCAGGCCGAGCAGUCUGUGCCGGAGGGUCAACCUGCAGUCUUCAAAUGCUCUGUCCGGCACACCUGUCCAUCCCACCAGCCCACUCUCAGCUGGAGCCACACUGGAAAAAUCAUCAUGAGCUACAAGGACAUUGGUCAUGGAAGCUGGGAAGCAGAGUCUGUCCUGUCCUUCACCCCAACAAAAGAGGAUGAUCACUCCUCCAUCACAUGCACAGUCAAGCACCACGGGAAUGUCACGGGAGAAAUAACAGCGACUCACCCUAUCUUUGUGAAAGAACAACCAACUCUCAACCACAUUCUCAUACCAGUCAUCGCUGGUCUUGGAGCUGCUCUUUUGGUUGGAUUACUGUGUUUCUUCAUUGUGAAGAGAUACAAGAAGCGCAAUGUAGCUAAUCCAGAAAUGACAAUGGGUGAGUAAGCCCAAUUUAUACUUCUGCGUCGGACCUACGCCGUAGCCUCUACGCCGUAAGCUGUGCGUCGGUUUUCAUUUAUACUUCUGCGUCGUCGUCCGCGUCGACGUGCAGUACACAUGCGGACCGCUAGUGUGCAGUGUCCACGGGCAUGUUGCUUGUGAACCCGCAGUACCACGGCAAAAGCCGAAGAAGAAGCGGCUCGUCGGAGAAGCGUAGCCGUGACCGUGGCAAAUAAAUAUCAAAUCAUUAUUUAAAACUACAAAAAGGAGACAACAACGGAACAGGAGAAGAUGGCAUUCUUACAAUCACCACAAGGACGUGUACCACGGCAGAUCAACAUUGUUUGUCGCGGACAACUAGUGAUGUAUAAUGCUGUGUAGUAUAAUAAAUGAUAAGACACUUGUUCUUUGCUUUGUUUUAUUCUAAAUAAGAAGGUGUAACAUUAAUAUUACAGUGCUCAUAAACGCACACACAACUCAAGAGCAUAAGGAGGGAGGGGGUUCUAGCAGACCAAUCACAGCGCUUGCGGUCCGCGAAUUGACGCGCUGUUAGAUUUUUGGAGAGGUGCAGGU